CAGCUGAAAUUCUUUAGAAAUAGUUUGUUAUUACUCUAUAAUUAAUCGGAAAAGAAAUAUCAUGAUUAUUACUGUAAAACUCCUAUGCGAUUUCCAGUAAUGAUCUUUACUGCUGGAGGAUGACUAUGCAGUGCUCCAGGAGGAGCCGGAAGAAACCCCCCAGUCCUUUAUCGAAAGGACUUGAUUUUCUUGGUGACAGGUCUUCCAGUAAAUGUACACAGCAAGCUUGUCUGACAGCUUCCUCUACAGCUGGCAAAUAUUUGGCAUUUCUUUAGCAUGAAGUCCUGUCGUGUGUGUUGUCAUUUUUAGUAACACACCUAACAACAGGUCUGUAGCAGUGUGUGGAUCACUGGGGUUGUACGCUGUGCCUAUGGGCAGUAGGUCACUGGUUCUAAUCUCAGGGUCAGCAGAGUGAGGUCACCACUGGGCCCUGAGCGAGGCCUUUAGCCCCAGUUACUCUCGGGAUUGGCCGACCCUGCAGUCACUAGGUGUCUCAAACGUCACAGAAGGAUUGCAUUACACUGUUAGGUGACGCUGCAUGUUGUAUUGUGAAAGGUAUUCUUGUAAGCAGCUAGCUUGGCAGAUGACCAAUCAGAUUAAGGGGUUGGAGUUUGUGAACAUGCUUUCUGGAAGAAGCUGUUUUUUUCUCCUUCAGUUGGGCGUUAAGUUUUACCCUCCAAAGGCUUGAUAAGUCCUCUGAUGCCUAAGUGCAGUGAGGUAAGUUUAUGGUCUGAACAGGAAAGCAGUGUGCAGGAUCUGAUGGAGCUAGCAGGACGGCUUAUACCCCAAACAUACCUGAUAAAGUUGCAGACAGCAUGAUGACAGAAGAUGAGAGAUUCCAUUGAACUCCAGUUAGUUCCAGUCUAAAGCUUUUCCACCAGUGAUGGAUCCUUCUCAGGAAGACACCUACUGGGUUCAGGGGAGGGACAGUGACUCUCCGCUGCCCCUGAUGGAUGACUUGGAAAUGGCUUUAGCUUACAGAUUAGGUAUAUUCUUAGAUAAUAAUGAGCAAGACAUAUACAACUCUGUCCCAGUCCAGCAUUCUAAGACGGUCGGGCCAGACGUACCGACUCGGGUUCAGACCGCUCCCCUGGUCCCCCCGCCGUCUGAUCACCAGUGUAACCUGCCACCCGUACCCCCCCGACCCCCAAAAGGUGACUCUGCUGCGGCAUGUCUGGCCCGACCCCCGACACUCCAUGAGGGUGGAUCUUCCUCUAAAUCUGCUCUCCAGGACGACUGGGGUGGAAAUCCACCCCUGCCCCCCCGCACUCGGGCCCUCAGCGAGCAGCCCGUGAAGCACCACAGACCCCUCUCUUGUAUCUCCAUACCCUCCAGUAACCCUCCGAGUCGACUCGGCCGAGCGAAUACCACAGACGACACCGGCAACUGGACCCUGAAACUGAUUGACACAGCAGAGGAGGGUAAUGACAGACUUUCUGCAUUUCGUAGGUCGGUCUCUGGGCUGAUGCAGUGCUACCCGUACAGUGACAGGACGUUCAACCCUGGGCUGGUGUGGGGUCGCAUCUCACCUUUCCAUCCCAGAUUGCAGGAGGACGAUAUGGUCGACAUCAGCAUGACUGCUGCGUGGCUGCCACAUCCGGUCCCGUUCACAGCCCCUCUCAACAGGACGGUGCGGAACCUGAUAGAGGUGCUCUGCUUCGUGCUGGAGGCCACUGAUGCUGAUGCAAGCCAGCACCUCCUCAAGUUCUGUGACUCUGAGGAGUUCCUCAAAAAUGAGGAAAUGCUAGGAAUGCAUGAGAGCAUCCUGACGUGCCAGAGGUUACGCCUGCAGGUUUCACUCAGACUCCUGCAUCAGGACCACGUGAAGGAGACUCUGGCCCGCGAUCAUGAAGACGACAGCUGCCCUUUUGACAUCAAACACCUUUUGGGUUCUGCUUUUGUCUUCAAUACAUCUAGGACUGCUCUGGAGACCCACCUGAAGUACUACAGCAAAGAGAUUCGGCAACUCAUCCAAAGCCAGUAUGGAAACAAUGUGGUUCCAAUAGCAGAAGAGGUCCAGACAAUUAGCAGUUUGCUGUGUGGAGUUUCCACAAGAGAACUGGAAGAUGCCAUCGGUGAACUCCAGAGAACCAAUCAUCUGAGACUAGUAACACACUCCGUCUCUGACUUAUAUAGGGUGUUCCUCGAAGUGACUUCUUAUGGAGAGGCGUCAGUUGGCUGGGGUUCAGGUGCAGUGCUCAGAGCGAUUGCAAUAGCUGCUUAUCUCAUUUUGGGCCCAGUGGUGCUACGGCUCGACCAUGCCCUCAGCCGGCUGCUGCACACGUUCUUCAGCAACUUUGACUCUGAUUACCGAAGUGAGCAGCCAUUCCGCGGUCCUCAGCCCCUCAGCGCUGACGUGGCCAACAACGACGAAAUCCUCCAGCUCGAUCUGGCUGCCUUCUACAAGCUGGAGCCCAGCUGGAUAGCAAGUCUUGAUUACUUCUGCAUCUCAUGUGCCCUGACCUACGGCUCGAAGCAGCUGUGUGAGGCUGCGCUCUCAGAAAACAUCAGCACAAUCCUGUCUCUGGGAAACAAGCUACAGUGCAGCAGGAAGAUGAGCUUCCCAAUUCAGAUCAACAGCCUGCCUUAUGAGUCCAUGCUGACCUUCCGUCUGCUGGGCUCGAAGCAGGGGAAGACCCCGGAGCUGUUGCGAUGGGCUGUCCUGCCCCUCUUUGCUGACAACAAACUUGUCAGUGGCACAGUUCUGCUGAGCAUGUCUGCACUCGAAGAACUGACUGAACCACCAACACCUGGAGUGUCAGACAGCCACAGGCAAGCCACAGGAGUCAUUCUACAGGUGGAGUUCCCAGAUACACACAGAUGGGUGUAUAAGAGACCAAAGUCACUCGCCUGCUCCUUGUUUAUCACCCCUCCAUUUGAGGAGCUACACAAGAAGAUUGUGAACGUGUCCCAGAAGCACAGCGUGUCCUUCUUGACAGACAAUGAGAAGGCCUUCCUUUGGAGUAAACGGCACUCGUGCAACAAAGACAACACCUACCUGCACCUCCUCCUCUCCGGCGCCCCACAGUGGACACCAGAAGACCUGUCGGAGAUCUACGGCAUUCUGGAACACUGGCCACUGCGUAACCCGGAGGAGGCCCUUCUCCUACUCAGUGAUUGCUUCCAGGACCAAAAUGUGCGCAGGGUGGCAGUCCAGCGUCUGGAGCAGCUCUCAGAUGUGGAGCUGGAGGGCUGUCUCCCUCAGCUGGUCCAGGCUCUGAAGCUGGAAUGGAACCUGAAUGGGCCCCUGAUUCUCCUCCUGCUCUCCCGAUCCCUGCAGAGUGUCCGCAUGGCUCAUCAGCUCUACUGGCUACUGGAAGACGCCCGGGAGACGAAUAAGCACUAUCAGAGCUGGUAUAGCAAGGUACAAGCCGGACUCAGGUACUGCUGCGGGCGGCAACUGCGGCAGGAACUGGAGAAUGAGCACCAGCUGGUCAAGCUGCUCAUGGCAGCGGCGGAGCGGAUCCGCAUGGCGGACAAGGCCAAGAGGAAGGAUAUCUUAAAACAUGAAAGAAUCAAAAUGAGUGACUUCUUCAAGGGAGGGGUAAUGUGUCGCCUGCCACUUGACCCUGCCCUCCUUGUGCGGGGUGUGGACAUAGAGGCCUGCAAAUUUUACAACUCCAAUGCAGCUCCUCUGGGAGUAGCCUUUAUCAACGCGGACAGUCUGGGCAGAAACAUUUCCAUCAUCUGUAAGACUGGCGAGAACUUGGGCCAGGACAUGCUGGUGCUGCAGGCAGUCCGUGCGAUGGACCGCAUUUGGCUGGAGAGUGGCCUGGAUAUGCGCAUGGUUACUUACAGGUGUGUCGCCACUGGAAGAGACCAAGGACUGCUAGAGGUCAUUCCUAAGGCAGUGACCCUGGCGCAGAUCCAGCAGGAGUGGGGGCUCCGUGGCCCCCUGCGGGAGGACACUCUGGAGAAGUGGUUCCACAUGUGGAACCGCACCGAGGAGGAGUAUGAGGAGGCUGUGAUGAACUUCCUGCAUUCCUGUGCGGGCUGGUGUGUGGCCACCUUCAUCCUGGGCAUCUGUGACCGGCACAACGACAACAUCAUGCUGAAACACAGCGGGCACAUGUUCCAUAUCGACUUCGGAAAAAUCAUGGGCAACGCCCAGAAGUUCGGCUCCAUCAAGAGAGACCGCUGUCCAUUCAUCUUCACGUCCGAGAUGCUGCACUUAAUCACGGUUGGGGGCAAGAUGGCGCAGAGAUUCCAGAGCUUCGUGGAACUCUGCUGCAAGGCCUACAACGCCAUCCGCAGGCGCUGCCCUGUACUGCUAAGCCUCCUGGAGCUGAUGACUGGAGCUGGGUUACCUGAGAUGAAGAACAGUCAGGAUUUGCAGUAUGUCUACAACAACCUCCGACCUCAGGAUUCUGACCUGGAAGCUGCAUCAUACUUCACUAAGAUGAUUAAGGACAGCCUUUGCCUGAGUCUGCCAGUCAAGUUCAACUUCCUGAUCCACAGCUUCGGCCAGUCCCUCAAGGCCAGGCAGCCGGCCCAGCCAGUGCCCAGCCCCCACACCAACAUCCAGGAAGCCGUCAUCCAGAAGUUCUCAGACAAAGGCAGAACAGUAACAUAUGAGCUCCAUGUGAAAAUCGAGGAUGGUUAUCUGACCUGCGAGAGAACCUUCAGCGAAUUUGAGAUGAUCCACAAGGAACUUCAGAAAAAGUUUGUGGAGUCCUUGCUCCCAGAGUUCCCUGGUUGGUACAAACUGUCUUUCACUGCCAGCAGGAGAAUGACUCUGCUUAACAAAUAUCUGAAAGAGCUCUUUAAUGGUCCCUGCAAAGGCAAUGAAGUUGUGUGCAGUUUGUUUCUUGAUGGUCCCAAGACACAUACAGCAGAGGAAUCCAAAAAAGACCUGGCCUGGCCGAGCAAACCUCAGAUCCAGCUGUGUAUGACCUACAAGGACCUCAAGCUAACGAUUCUCAUCAAGCAUCUCAAGAACAUUAGGAUGCCCAAUGGCUCUUGUCCUGAUGCCUACGUGGUGACACGACUGCGGCCGGACCCGGGGAAUUGCUCCAAGAAGAAGACGAACAUGGUGCGGAACAGCAGCAACCCCACGUUCAAUGAGCUGAUUGAGUACAGCGACGUCCAGUCACUCCAGGGCAAAGUACUGGAGCUACAUGUGAAGAGCAGGGGCACCUUUCUGGCUGCGACCAAUAUUUGGCUGGCUGACAGGAGGAUGGGCACAGAUGAAUGGUUCCCAUUAGGGUCCUCCAGUGUCUGACGCCCCCAUGCUCAAUCGGAGCAAUAUAAAUUACUAACUAUGUGUCGGACAUCUAUUUGAAGCGGUGUUCCGCCCUUCGAUCACUAGGGGGAGCUCUCAGAGUGAAAGGAUAGCAGGUUACUCCCUCCAGAGGAGCAUUUGCCAACUGUAGACUGUCUCUUUUGCUUCUUGAGGCAGUUAUUUGGUAUUUUUCUCCAAAAUAGUUUGUAUUUGUUCCUUUAAUAAGCAUAAGUGUGUUGCAAAAUUGUUACAGUCAGAAAGUUUACUGAGAAUUUGUAAAUUACUGUACAGCUCUUCUGAUGCCAUAUCAGCAUUUUGUGUUGGAUUUACUUUAUACUGAAUGUUUAAUAUUAAUGAUUCAGUUGACUAUAAAUAUGAAUCGUGCUUGUUAAAGCAAGGUGAUCAAAUACACGAAACCUCAAAGGUCGCAGGUGUGGAAUUUGAGUUGUGCAGCUGAUCGCGAGUCACAGAGCUCCGCCCCCGUCUCAUGCGGCUGCAUCCUGCCGGCUGACUAAUUGCACGGCGAGCAGCGAUAAUUUCAGCCCACAAACAUGGCCGUAGUUAGACAGCUGUGGAGUCAGAGCAGCAUCCUGCCUUCCUUCCAAACCAGUGUGUUUUAUUAUUGAUGUCCGACAUCAUAGGCACAAACUCCAGACUUUACGGAAACCCCCCCCCGACGACAGGAUUGAGUUUGAGUGAUGGGUGCCAGCAAUAGGGCCUCUUCUCCCCGCCCCCCGACCCCCACCUAC